UUUCCAUUUUCCUCGGAGUUGUGUAAAUGGCGGGGGAGCGAUGGAUAUUCACAAAAGAACAACUUUUGAAUACCCCCAGCCGAAAGAGUGGGAUAGAAAACGACAAAGAACUUAUCUAUAGGCAACAAGCUGCCAACCUUAUCCAGGAUAUGGGACAACGGCUUCAAGUUACUCAGCUAUGUAUCAACACCGCCAUCGUUUACAUGCACAGAUUUUAUAUGUUCCACUCAUUUCAAAAGUUCCAUCGCAAUGCAAUGGCAGCAGCAUGUUUGUUUUUAGCUGCCAAAGUAGAAGAACAACCUCGAAAAUUAGAGCAUGUUGUCAAAGUUUCCAAUAUAUGUCAGAAUAAAGAAACUCCUGACACUAAAAGUGAAGAAUAUUUAAAUGAAGCUCAUCAACUUGUGAUCAAUGAAAGCAUUCUAUUGCAAACUCUUGGUUUUGAUCUGACAGUAGACCAUCCACACACCAAUGUAGUGAAAACAUGUCAGCUUGUAAAAGCUACAAAAGAUCUUGCACAGACCUCAUAUUUCCUGGCAACAAACAGCCUCCAUCUGACCGCCAUGUGUCUUCAAUAUAAGCCUACUAUUGUAGCCUGUGUAUGUGUUCAUCUUGCCUGUAAAUGGUCAAAAUGGGAGAUUCCAAGUUCAUAUGAGGGUAAAGAAUGGUUCUGGUACAGUGAUCCAUCAGUGACAACCGAAUUAUUGGAAGAACUGACUCAAGAAUUUCUGAACAUUCUAGAUCAAUGUCCAAGCAAAUUAAAGAAAAAGAUACUCAUGUGGAGGUCUGGAAAAGAAAGAGAAAAGCUAAUGGACGAUGCAGAUUUAAAUCUACCACCAGAAAAAAAGGUGAAACUGGAGACUUCUACAUCGGGUUCAACUUCAUCUUCCAAAUCUCAUCCGUCAUCUCACCAUCACACAUCAACAAACCAUGAUCGGAAAAGUGAUAAUCACAAAUCAUCAACUGAACAACAUGCGACCAAAUCUGUAUCAGGGGAAAACACAAAUAAAAAUGCUAUCGAUAGCAAACCAAAAAGUCUUUCAGCAACAGUAGUCCCAACUUUAAAGGCAGAACCUCAAACUGAAGUCAAAAGUGAGCCAGAAGAGCCCACUGCCACGGCACAGUCUGCCGCAGCCUCAACAACAAUUACAACUUUUAAAGAGUAUAAAGAAAGAAAAGAAAAAGAGAGAUUAUUAGCAAUGAACAAACCUAAUGACCAAACCACUAAUGUUAGACAGGAGAAAGUGGAAACCAAAGAAAUUAAAGAAGAGGCUGAUGUAAAACAAACAAGUCGACAUUGGACUGACAAUGUGCAGAAACAGAAUGACAAACCUCAGGAUAGUCAAAAGAAUAGUGAUAGACAUGUUCUCGAAGUUAAACAUACUGUUGAUGUACAAAAAAGUGACAAACAUGUGUCAGACUCUCAGAAAUUGGAGGAAAGGCACAAACAUAGAGAAAAACAUACCCCUGAUGUGCAAAAACAUAGUGACAAACAUCAUCCUGAUGGUGAGAAACAUCGUAAAUCACAUAAACAUGAGAGAAAUAAGCAUGGUGAGAGACAUUCUCAUUCAAAACAUGCUGAAAAUAAACAUGCUUCAGAUAGUGAAUCAAGCAAACAUAUUGUGAAUCAUGAUAAUGCUUCAUCCUCUCAAGUAUCUAGCAAUGAGAUUGGUAAAAUUAGAAUAAAAACUGAUACUGGAGCAGUACCACAGGUGAAUGAAAUUGGUAAAAUUAGAAUUAAAACUGAUCCAGGAGGUUCACCCUUAGUUGUUAAACAAGAAGCUGAGAAAGUUCCUGGAUCAGAAACAAAAAUUCGAAUAAAAACAGAACCUGGUAUAUCACCCCGAUUAAAAGUAGAGUCAAGUUUAUCACCUCAUGUUAGAACAGAAACUGGUAUUUCUCCAACAGUUUCUAGAGAUGCUGCUUCUCCCUUGAAAAUGAAAAUAAAAAAUAUAUCAAAGGAGCAUCACAAAAGUACUCACCAGUCUGAACAGAAAGUGCCAAGUUUGAAAAUUUCUUCAAAGAUGCUGACAGAAUCUCGGCAUAGUGAACAUAAAUCUCACAGUGAACACAAGUCUCAUAAAUCAAAACAUUCAGACAAAGAACAUCGAAAAAGUCACACAGGGACCAAUGGGAAACCUGAACUUAAACUUCAUAUUAGUAUGUCUGCUAUAAAUAAACACAAAAGUGAUUCUGAAUCCAAAAAACAUCAUAAAUCAAGUCAUUCUGACAGAGGUUCUAGUGAUGAAAAAAGCUCAGGAAAAUCAGGACAUUCACACAAAAGUGGGAAAGAAUCUUCCCAUAGUUCAGGCAAUCGCAAAAGACAAAUGAGCCCUAAUUCUGAAGCUAGUUCCCAAAGCAAAACUAAAAUUUCUAAAGUAGAUUCAAAAGGAUUGACUCGUUCAUCUUCAAACUAUUCUAAUGUUAGUAUGGAAAUGUCCGAUUCAGCUUCAGUUGAUGGUAGUGUCAAUGGUGAUAAGAAAGGGGUGGCUCAAAAAGAAGUGCUAGACCAAAUACAAGCUAUGAACCAAGUUAUAGAUUUGAUCAAAUCAACCAAUCCUAUUCUAGCUAACAGUGUGCCUGGCACUCCAACAACACCAACAUUUCCUCAACCACCACUUCCUCCAUUAUCAACACAGCCACCACCACCCCCGCCACCGCCACCAGAUGUUCCGCCACCACCACCGCCACCAUUUCAACAACAAUUAUAUCAAACUUAUGCUUCAGCACAACCAUAUGGUAACCAGUAUAUACAGCCUCAGUAUGGAUAUCAACAGUCUCUAUUUGAUAUUGACUUUCUGUCAGAUGAAGCAAUGCCUCCACUGCCGUCAGAGCAACCUACCCGUCCCCCAACGCCUCCCUUAGGGCCUCCACACUUUUGAUCAUAGUUUAAUUUAGGUAUUUUGUUAAUUUGUACUUAUUUGAAUAUUUCAGGCAUUAUUAUCAAGUGCUAAUUUUAUUUAUUUCAUAUCAUAAUUGUUAAAAUUUGAGAAAGACUAUUAUAGCUCCUCUGAUAUAUUUUUUUCAGGUGUGUAUGUAAGUAAGUAUGGGAUGUGUGAUUUGAUAGUCUUAGAUUUAGUCAGCAUUAUGCUGUAAUGUCUGAGACAGUUUAAGAUGUUAACUAUAGUCAAUUUUGAGGAUAUAUAGAAUGCAGGUCAUCUCGAUUAAUUGAAAGCAUUUUUGUUGGGAAAUAUAAAUGCAGUCAUGAUUGUUUGCCAGUUGCUGAUUAUUAACAAGUUUUUGUCAUAUGAUAUCAGAUGUAAAGUCUAUUUGCAAAGAAGUUUCUCAAUUUAAAAACAACAAUCUUGCUCAUGGUUCUCAAUCAGAAAAAAAUUGUAGGAAUUGUAUAGCCAUUGCUUUGUCUGUCUCUCUGUCCAUCAGAAUCAAAAUGUUUUGAGAUGAUGGUCAAUUUCCUAUUGGAGCAAGAUGUUGCAACUUGGUACUCGCCCUACUACCACAACCAAAAUGUGGUUUAAUUUCUAAUUUCUCUUGUAGCAAUAAUUUUCUAGAGUUAUACCCCUUGAAUUAUACGAAAAAAUAAAACACAAAUAUUGCAUAUAGCAUUUAUCGGACUCCAUAAGCCAGACUCUAAACAAGUUAUACUGUCAUUCCCUAUUAAAGAAUAACCAGCAGAGCAGUUCAAUAUUCAUGUUUCCAACAAAUUUCUCGUCUGUGGCAACAGUCAUGUUCCAGUUUUUAGCAAAGUUUCUGGUUAUAAAUGGGUCUUCUUGAAAGCUUAAGUUUGUUUUAUAGUUUGACUUUACAACUUUUCAAAGUUACUUCCUACAGCUGUAUUGAGUAAGGUCUAGUAGCUCUAGUUCAAUUUCCACUGUUGCCAAAAUAUUUUUUUAGAGUUGUGCCCCUUGAAUUAUUUCACAACUUCAUUUGCUUUGAAGUGACAAUUUGUAUUUCAGAAACAUAACCACAAAAUGCUGGUCAUUCUUGAUUGUCACUAUAACUUCCAUUCAUCAUUAAUAUCUCAUAAAAACCAAAAACACUUUUAUUCCUUCCAUUAAAUCCUGGUAAAGUUUGAUUUUCACUGUUGCAAUGAAAAUCAAUCAUACCACAGCUUGGUCAGUCAGUAUGUGUAAAAUAUUAAUAUUUGGUUUCUUGUAUUACCUUGGAUAUGUCAAAAUGCAGAAGCCUAAAUGUAAAGAAAAACAUUGAAAGCUUAUGGCAAUAAACAAUGAUAAAAUUCAAAAUAUCACAAUGUGUUGUAAAUUCUCAUAAUUUGAGCAUCUUGGGCAGAGCAAGAGAUCUUUUAUGAGCCAGAGGCCUUUUAUGAGCCAGAGGCCUUUUAUGAGCCAGAGGCCUUUUAUGGUAAGUUAAGUAAAUGAAACUAUUUACUUUGACAAAAGUUAUAAUUUAUGUUUUAAAAAAUCUAUACAGAAAAUUACUAUAAAGUCUUGUUGAACUUAGUUUACACGAUACAUGAUGAUUUUGUUAUUCCAUCUGUCUGCUGCGGAGACUCAUUUCUUACCAUUCAAAAGUAACAUUGUAUUUUAUAUUGCCCGGUAUAAUAAAACAAAACCUAAAACUUUCUUUCUAAAAUAUGGUAUAGGCUUUUAAAAUUUGCAAAGAAUAUAUAACUUCAAAAAAAAUAUGUUUAUCAUAUAGACUACUAGUAAAUCUAAAUUGAAAAAAAAUGUAAAAAGUAGAUCAAUAAUGCUGAAACUUUAAUGGUUGGUAUUUAUCAGACUAUUUGUAAAUCUAAAUUUGAAAAAAGAAAUUGUUUAAAACGAUCAAUAAAGCUUAAAAAGUCCAUGGUUGGUAAUGGUUUCUGGUAUUGUGCAUACAUAGGGGUGUCUUGAUUGAUUUACUUUAUUUCAUAGUCCAACAACAUUUAACUGUGAUAUCAUAUUUGUGUUCAUUUAAUUUUGAUGUUGGUGUAGUUUGAUAAAUAAACAUUUAUUUUAUAGCUACAUCACAUUAUUUAUUUGUAUAUGAAGCAUUUGGGGUAAUAUUUAUAUUUUUAAUGCAACAAUACCAUUGUUAGGACUUCACAUCAAAGUAGAAGUUAGAAAUUUGAUUGCUAGUUUCAUAGAAUUGGAUAGUUUGUUUAUACUUAGCAGAAAAAAAACCAUUGAGGUUGACUCUAUAACAAAAAAACAGUUGAUUGUGAUAUUUUUCUGCUGAGGAUGAUUAAAUUGGAAAAUUUUUAGAAUUCAUUAGUGUAAGAACAUUGUA